AUGGAAAAUUUUAAUAACCGAUUGGUUAGGGCAUAUGUGGACGUGGACAUUUUGGAUAAUGUCCCACCGUUUUAUAUAGGGCGGACAUGUCCCGUGUACAAUACUCCUCGACACAACAAUCUCAGAAUCACCGGAGCGCAAAUUUUCGAUUCACAUGACGUAGACGAGCAAUUAACGGAGAAUGAAGAAUCCGAGAUGAAUGGUAUUAUUGACAACAAAAACAAACAACACGAGUCGGUUUCAAAAUUGGGAAACGUGACAAUAAUGGCGAAUUCUCUCAGCACACCAGAUGAUGUAAGUGAAGAUUUGCAUCGUUCUCAGAAGAUUGACAUUCUUAACGUUAAUCGACUAAUCAAUUUAUUAUCAGAAAGGGGUGUGGCAAAUGACAACUUUAACAAGGUGUUGAAAUGGUUAUCCAGAGCCGACGUCACAGAUUUAUAUGCACUCAAGCAAUUGUUGGUCCUUGUUCAUCUGGGAAGUGCGAAUCACUGGAAUUUGCUUCGAUUCGUUCAAGCUUAUCGAGCAUUAAAAGGAUUGCCCGAUGACAGGAAUGGGAUGUAG